AUAAAUUGUGGCUAUCCAAGUGGUUUUAUCUGUGAAAGGCACAACAGUACCAUUAACUCAACAUUUGCUCCUGCACCUCUAGGAGGCUGUCCAGAAACUUGGCUUUUGUUUAACAAUAAGUGUUUCAAAAUAUUUGGCUCAAGUGAAAAUGAGACAUUGACGUGGCAUGCUGCACGAAUGGCUUGUAUAAAUUUAGGAGGAAACCUGGCUUCCAUACCAAAUAAAGAAGUCCAAGCCUUCCUCUUCUACCAUUUAAGAGAAGUCAUGACUGAUCCAUAGAUUGGAUUGAAUGAUAUUAAUAGUGACCUAUCAUUUCUUUGGACGGAUGGAAGUGGUGUAUCCUAUAAAAACUGGGCCAACGGUGCACCUACGUACAGACGCACAUACUCUUAUUUUUAUUAUGGUGGUGGUGAUGAGGAGGACUAUCAGGAGAAAGACUGUGUCGUUAUAACAAAGGAAGAAGGGAAAUGGAAAGAUGAAGAUUGUGAAAAUGACAAAAGCUAUAUAUGCCAAAUGAAUUUAAACCCUAAAUUACUUCAUUCCCCAACAACAAUUCCAGCCUCUGGCUUUAUCUGUUAUGGUGACAGUAGCUAUUCAGUCAUCCAUUCAAAAAUGAAAUGGGAAGAGGCAAGAAAAAAUUGCAAGGACAGAUCUUCAGAUCUUGCUAGUAUUUUAGAUAUCCGCAGCCAUUCAUUCCUAUGGUUACAGAUGUUAAAGUAUGGAGAGCGUGUAUGGAUUGGUCUUAACAGCAAUGUGACAGAUGGCCAUUAUAAAUGGGUUGAUAACUGGAUACUCCAAUAUACUAAAUGGGCAACAAGAGAACCAAAAGAGAAAAUAGCCUGUGUCUAUCUAGACCUUGAUGGAACCUGGAAGACAGCAUCUUGUAAUGAAAGCUCCUUCUCCGUCUGUAAACAGUCAGAUGUUGUGGCCCCUCCUGAUCCUCCACAGCUGCCUGGAAAUUGCCCUGAAUCAAAAGAACUCAGAUCUUGGAUUCCUUUCCAUGGUCACUGCUACUACAUUGAAUCAUCAGCCAUGAAAAGUUGGGCCCAAGCUUCCCUGGAAUGUAUUCAAUUAGAUGCUACUUUCAGUAGAAGAUUUGGCUGAAUCCAACUUUCUGACACACAGGAUACAGGCUCUUGAAAGCAAAACACAAGGUUUUUGGACAGGAAUGUACAGAAAUG